AUCGCGGCCUGUGGUGGGGCUAUGGCAUCGGUGUGUAUUUGUCCGCCACGGCCUCCCUUCUUGCUUGGACCUGGCUGGGAUGUAAAGAGGCGGGGAGGGAAUGGUCUAGCAAGCAAGAAGCUGUGAUACCAUACCACCACACGGGAAUGUAAAACUUCAGGUCUGCAAUCACCCACAAGACGCCGUGUCUGCGUGCCUAAAUACCUAACAUUUAACCUGGUUUCUAAUGGAAGCAGAUGGAUUUGUGAGGAGGCGUCGGAUGACAGCGGAGACUACAGGCAAUGAUCCCGGAGUUGCUGGUGCAUCUGCCGGGGCAGAAGUUCGAUGGCUGGGGGGCAGAUUCUGGGGAGUUUCGGAAAGUAUCGUGGGAAGCCUUACACCCCGGAUCGGAGGGGAAACGGAGCUACAGACUGUUGAUUUUAUCCGUAGUGCACAAGAUGCUCAAACAGAGGACACUGAACCAGACUAUGAGGGUUUGCCACAGGGAGCCUCCACUAGCACCCACAUGUUGGCUGGAGCCGUGGCCGGGAUCAUGGAGCAUUGCCUCAUGUUCCCAAUCGACUGUGUCAAGACACGCAUGCAGAGCCUCCAGCCUGACCCUGCAGCCCGCUACAGGAAUGUGAUGGAUGCUCUUCGCCGAAUUGUAGCCACAGAGGGAGUCUGGCGGCCAAUGAGAGGGCUGAAUGUAACGGCAAUUGGGGCGGGACCUGCCCAUGCCCUCUACUUUGCCAGCUAUGAGAAACUCAAAAAGACUCUAAGUGAUGUCAUACACCCAGGGGCUAACAGCCAUUUGGCUAAUGGAACAGCUGGGUGUGCGGCCACACUGCUUCACGAUGCAGUCAUGAACCCAGCGGAAGUUGUGAAGCAGCGCAUGCAGAUGUAUAAUUCACCCUACGGCGGCGUGAUGGACUGUAUACGCGCCGUGUGGCAGAAAGAGGGCCCUGCUGCGUUCUACCGCAGCUACACCACCCAGCUCACCAUGAACGUGCCCUUCCAGGCGCUCCACUUCAUGACCUAUGAGUACCUCCAGGAGCUGCUCAACCCCCACAGACAGUACAAUCCCUCAUCCCACAUGUUGUCCGGAGCUUUGGCUGGAGCCAUCGCAGCGGCGGCAACCACACCUCUGGAUGUCUGCAAGACCCUGCUCAACACCCAGGAGUCCCUGACCCUGGGCCAGGGCCAAGGAGCCCACAGACACAUCUCAGGCCUGGCCCAUGCCUUCCGGACGGUUUACAGGCUGGGCGGCCUGCAGGGCUUCUUCAAGGGCGUCCAGGCGAGGAUCAUCUAUCAGAUGCCCUCCACUGCCAUCAGCUGGUCGGUCUAUGAGUUCUUCAAGUAUGGACUCACCAAGCACCAGCACAACAAGAGGAGAGCGCAGCACAUGGAGGCUGAGAUUUAGAGAUCUGAGAUCUCCUUUGUUUAUUCUCCUCUAAUAUUGUUCUGUCCUCCCUGUGAGGAGAAGAUCAAGUCAAUACGCACAUAGAAUCUGACUAAAAUUCACCUCAGUUGUCCCAUCCUUUUCAGACAUAGCAGAUAAGAAAGACCACUUCAAAGACAGUUUUAGUUGUUGUAUUUCUGCUACACUAUUUCAAGACUAGGUAUGGUUGGGGCUAUGUUUUUUUUCUCUCCUGUAGAAGAAAACAUUUACACAGUAAUAUAGAACUAGUUAUCUUGAGUUUUUUUUAAGCCAUUCUAGUCACCAAUACAUUUGUCCAAACGGAGGAUAAGUGUCAAGAACGCACAAGUUUUGAGUUGGAAAGGUAGUCAGCAGAGGGCACUAGUGUCACUUUGUUAGCUCUCUUGUAGUUUUAUAAGCUUUGCCCUCCUAGAACCAGAUUCCCAUUUUCACCCAUCCAAGCCUUCAGUUUGCAAAUGCAAAUUAUAACUGACUCCUGAUACAGAUGCUUUUUUAAUAUCAUAACAGAAUAUUCUCACAAUAAUCCUAGACAAGUUCACUUUCUAGUUUGGGUUACACACAGGCAUUCAGUCAAAGCAAAUUGACCCAAUAUAGUAGCUGACAACAUUUUGUUGUUACACACAUUUAUUUCCUGGCAUGGAUCAGUACCCAGAUACCUUUUGUAAUGGAACCCUGCCAACGUGGUAACUCAAAAGGUUGAGAUCAAGAGUUAGGACCAUCUGUGUGGAUCUUGAUAAAUUGAACUGUGUAAUUUUUAAAAGACCGUAGACCAGAUGUGGACUUCAGUUUUUGCUUUUGGCAGUUAAAGCAAUAAUGAUUCAAAUUAUUUUCCUUUUUUCAAAUGUCGAAGUUCAAGAUUGUUCCCUAUGAUAUAAUUGGACAGAAAAUACAAAUAUUCCAUAGCUCUGGGGUAUCUGAAGAGUGUUUAAUUUAUUAUUAAUAAUUUUGGUUCUCUGUAUCGUAUUUUAUUCCCCCCACACACACACAAACGCACACACCUUUAUGUGCUUAAUAAACCCGUGGAUCAUCCAAAUACUCACCAUUAAUGCCUUGUGUACAUGUUUGGCAGAGCAGACCAGGGCAGAAUUAAGACGGCCAUUUCUCUGCAUUAACUGUAGCUGUCAGCCUGUUUUCAGCUUGUGAACCACUGAGUUUCACUAUCUGUGCUUGACCGCAACAGUUGUGUACAUUGCACUGUGCCCAACAGGAGUUCAGUAUCCCACAAGAUAAUGUAUCUGUACCCCCACACGCAUCAAUGGAAGCUGUCAUUCUUAUUGAUUGAUGUCUGAUUGUUUCGGACACUGAAUUGCACUCGUUGAAUAAAGACUGAGCAGCGGGGCUUUACUCACUGCUCAUAAAUGAUG